ACUAAAACAACUAAUUGGCUAAAACAAAUAACUGAGUUUUCGACCAAUACUUUGGGCGGGUCAAACACCGGGCUAAAAUAACCCUAAAUUUCGUAGGGUUUUAGUCCUAACUUAACAUCCCUGCUGCUCCCGGCGAUUCCAUACUUUCCAACAGCCCUUUUAAGACUUGGACUGCGGCGCCAUUGACAAGGUGAAAAGUGAAGCCAGUACUCCUACGGCUGAGAGAAACAAAAGGUGUUGUAAAUCAUGAUUAUUCCAGUUCGUUGCUUCACCUGUGGCAAGGUCAUCGGAAACAAAUGGGACACCUAUCUUGACCUUCUUCAAGCUGACUACACUGAAGGGGAUGCUCUUGAUGCUUUAGGUCUAGUGCGCUAUUGCUGCAGGCGGAUGCUGAUGACUCAUGUUGACUUGAUUGAGAAGCUCUUGAAUUAUAACACUCUUGACAAGUCCGAUACCAGUUGAUGAAGCUUGUUUGUGCAGGCGCUUGUCGUAGAAAUGGAAAGGGUUCUCUUAAGUUGAAAUGUAAAUUUAAGAUUAAAAUUAUGUAUGGUUGACAACUAUGAAUAUUUCAGGGAUAUGAAACAUGGUGUCUUCUGUUGAAAUCAUCAACUGUUCGCACAUCUUUUUAAUCUUGAAAUCAAGUAUGAAUGUUUGUUAUGCCAUGUAAAUAUUUUGUGGUCUAUUUUCGGUUGUUACUCCUAUUAAUUUUAUUCUCCCUA